GGUGUUGCUAUUUAUAGCAGAACAGCUGAUCGGAGAAACAACCCUUUGUUGGCUGUGGUUUCCCAGUUAAAUUACUCCUCUUCGGCCUCGAGAGCUUCAGUUACUGCAGUUAUAAGACAAUAGUCACAUUCAAGAGGGCGUGUGUCGGAUUCGUCAUCAGUUUCAGCCAAUCUGACCUUCUCGGAUGCAGAAUCGACUGCAUCUAUGCUGAAUACCAUGCUAGACUAUGGAAAUGGCCCUGGUAUUUUGCCUUAUGCAAACUAAGGGGAGGCUGAGGAACACCUAGACAAUCACAGUUCAUGGGACAUAGCAAGCAAGGAUUAGGUGCCAAGCAAAGGAGAGCUUCCAGCUUUUGAAGCAACAAUAGCAUUUACUGCACCAUUUAAUACAACUGGUGGUAAUCUACACCAGACCAUUGCUCAACUAGUUUGGUGGUAACAUUCCAGCACAGCUUCCAUCAGAGUGGAUUAUAGUGUUAUAAGCUGUUAAGCUAUAGUUGACUUGAUCAUGGGGAAGAAACAACGACAUGAAUCGGGAGAAUCUGGAGCUUCUGCAGAUGAUGAAACAAACCUUAUCCCUUCACCCCCGGAUGGAGGGUGGGGUUGGGUGAUUGUCUUCUCAUCGCUCAUGUGCAACAUUGUUGUGGAUGGAAUAGCUUAUUCAUUCGGAGUGUUCAUCAUCGAGUUUGUCGACUUUUUCCAGGAGUCGAAAGGAAAGACUGCUUUGAUUGGCUCUCUCCUCUGUGGAACGUAUCUCUGUACCGGUCCCAUUGCAAGUGCCCUCGUAAACAAGUUUGGAUGUCGGGCGGUGACCAUGGUUGGCAGUGUGAUUGGGGCGGGUGCAUUCUUUGCAUCAACCUUCUCCCCAAACCUUGAUGCUCUCAUCAUACUGUACGGUGUGUGUGGAGGUUUUGGUUUUGGUCUCAUCUACCUGCCUUCAAUUGUCAGUGUUGGAUACUACUUCGAGAGAAAGCGUGCAGUCGCUACUGGUAUUGCCGUUGCUGGGUCUGGCGUUGGCACUUUCAUAUUCGCCCCAUUCAGCAAGUUCCUCCUUGAUGUGUAUGACUGGAAGAAUGCCCUUUGGAUCAUGUCGGGUAUCAUUCUGAACUGCUUGGUAUUUGGUGCUCUCAUGCGGCCAUUGGAAGCAAAGAGACCGAGCAAGAAGCCACGACAGAAAACCCUGAUAGAUCGUAUGAAGGAGAAGAACCGUAAACGCCAGGAAUCUGAGGUUAUGGAGGCAACUGCCAUCUUGGAUAAACUUCAAGAGGCAAAACUAGCCCGACAACGUCAGUUACAUGAGGAUUCUGAGUCUGAGGCAAGCAUUGCCAUGCACAGUACGAGAAUCGACCAGGAUGGUGAUAUUGACCCAAGGGUAAUUGCCAGCAUCAGUCGCCAGAACAGCAUUGCUCAAAGACAGAUGAGCCUACAGAGUGGAGACAGUGAGAACUCUCCUGGGAGCACCUUACCAAGGAUCGUGAUUGAAAAUGAGGAAGGUGAUGAAGUAAAUGCUGCCACGGAGCUUGAACCACUCAAUAAAGAAGACAAUGACGUACCCAAGGGUAAGCGAAUGCGGACCUAUUCAACACCCCCAGCAACUGGAAACAGCCUCCUCCCAACUAAUGGGCAGUCAAAUGGCUACGAUCAUCCCAGAUCAAUGAUCAAAAGUGAAGGCAAUAUAAAUCAAAGGCAGAAUGCCAUCAUGAAGUUUGGGAGUGAGGUUUGGUCGAAUAUGGUGCGGAGGAAGGCGCCAUCUCAAGAGAUCAAGAAAGAGGAUUACGCCAAGCCCAUGUACCGUCGCGAUAUCUUCUAUAGCGGCAGUAUAAUGAACUUUCACCAGUUCCGCUCCCAGCCAGACGUGAUGAGUUAUGUGACCAGCAUUACAGCUAUUCCUCAUGAUCAACCUGAAGAGGGCACGUGUAGUUGUGUUGAUGUUGUCUGUCCGUGCCUGCCAAAGACGGCCACAGACACCUUACGAGAGAUGAUGGACUGUUCUCUAUUUGGAAACUAUGCUUUCUUGCUCAUCUGUUUUGGCAAUGUGAUCGGGAUGGCGGGAUUCUACGUACCAUUCGUCUAUCUCGCUGACCGAGCAAUCUCACUAGGAAUCGAACCAGGCCAAGCUGCCCUGCUGCUCUCGAUCAUUGGCAUCACAAACACUCUUGGUCGAGUCCUGUCGGGGAUCAUCGCUAAUAUUCCUCCAAUCAAAGCCCUUCAAGUGAAUAAUGUCUGCCUGAUCAUUAGUGGGAUCGCUUGUAUAGUCAGCCCAUUCUGUACGACAUAUGCCACACUCUGUAUAUUCGCUGCCGUCUUUGGCCUUUGUAUCGCUUCGUAUAUCUCACUCACUUCAAUCAUUCUGUGCGACAUGCUCGGCCUGGAGAAACUGACGAAUGCAUUUGGUUUACUCACACUAGCCCGUGGUAUAUCAUCAGGGUUUGGACCACCACUAGCAGGUAUCGUGUACGACACGACAGGGAGCUAUGACGCGUCUUUCUAUAUGGGCGGAGGUCUGAUUAUGGGAUGUGCUUUACUCCAUUGUCUCCUCUGGUUGCCUUGCUUCUCGAAACAUAUGGACUAUAACACGGACGCGCCUCUGGCAGAUAAAAUGUCGAGCAGUAGCAGUGAGUCAGAGGAGGAGAAUGAACCGCAGAGUAACACAGUUGUAUGAGGCCUUGCAAGGUCAACGCCUUGGAGACCACAGCCGAUCAUUGAAAUGGAUGCGAGACAUUCACAUGACAGCACAUAUUGGAUUGUGAACACUCAAAGCUUUCUAUGACUUUGAUGUGUAUAUUGAUUAAUUGAAGUUGCUUUAUACUCCAGCUUAAUAUGGUGUUGACCAGUAUGUUGGCCUGCAGAGCAAGUUACGAUGCCUGAUAUCACAUGUUUACUCAUACUCAUAUCACAUCUUUGGGCCGGUUUUUACCCAUUAGGGGUAAGUUCAACUUGACAUGAUCAGACUUUGCAUGUUAUAAAGAUAGGUUUGAGAAAGCACUUGGAGGUCUUGUGACCCUGAACAUGUUAUAAAGAUAGGUUUGCGAGAGCACUUGGAUGUGACGUUUUCAUUUCACAUUUACUUCUGUGAUAUUAAUACAGUGACUGCAAGAUGCAUCAAAUGACAUUGAGAUAAUCUCGGGCGUUUACGAGACAUACCCGGUUAGUGCAAAAGCUGCUCAACACUGUUACAGUGUGUUUCACUUUACAGUCUUAUUCUAAUCUGUCGUAUCGACACAGAAUGUGGUCAAACCGGCCCACCAUUGAUGUUGAUAGACAUGAUUGACACUUCAGGAUUUAUGGGCUUCAAAAUGUUGAUGAGAAUGAAUCGGCAGGACUACAAGGACUAAAGAUAUUUUGUUAUUUGAUACAGUGAGCUGUAUUUUACCACGUGAUUGUUUGAUUAAUGUAGGCCUUUAUGAUGUAUACUAUGUUUUAGCAGUGACUGUGUGAUGAAUAUAGGCCUAUGAAAUGUACAGAUCACAAGCGGCAGAAUGGUUGUCUUUAAAAAGCCAUUUGUGGCUUAUUUGUGUAUGAAACGAAUUGUUUAGAUGAAUUGAUGUCAAAUAUUGUAUCCAGUGAUGAUGUUGUGGCGGUUAUUUUAGUUCAGCAGAAUAAUAAUCAUGUAUUAUAUUAUGUUCCUGAAUAAGAGGAUGGGUCGUGUGCUCCAUGAUGUAAACCGCUAGUUUUUCAUCUAUGAUUUGAUACUUGAAUAAAUGGGAGAGAGUGUGUUAUUUCUACAGGAUGAAUAAUGGUCAAUUAGCUGUGAUUUUAACUGCUGACGUCGUUGGUGCAUUGGCCAUGAGCUCAUUCAAAACGUGAGCAAAUGAGUGAAAAUGACAUAUGGAGAAUCUUUAUAGGUGGGUGGUUUUGUUUAUUGUGUGUGAUUUUUAUGACACUGUGAAGUGUGAACUGUUAAUCUUGACUGAAUAUGUGCGAUGUAAGUUUGUUGACGGGUUACUCUACAAAUGGAAACUUUGCUUAUUUUGGCUGGUACAGUGAGGUGAGCUGUUCAAGAGCUGGUACAGUGAGGUGAGCUGUUCAAGAGCUUUUACAGCAGUACCGGCUACUCCACCAAAACAACUUUUAUCAUCAUUUUUACCAAGUACAUGUAUGUGUAAAGAUCAUUAUACAUACUUGUUUUUACAUAUACAUGUUCAUAAUCAGGAGGUGUCCACAUGUAUCUCACAGUCAAAAAAAGAUUGUUGUAAGUCUAAUAAGAUACCUGAUUGCAUGUAGAGCAUAUUUCUUGCUUUAUAACUUUCCAUCUUAGUUAUAUCCCUUAUAAGCCUUAUGCAUCCAUUUUUCUGAUUGUGGAACAUGUUCUUGGACCACUCCUCAUUCAUUACUGAUCUAGUCUCUGGUGUGACCAGCGAAUAUGAAUAAUAAUGCAACAGGGAUUUAGGAAGCCAGGGUUGUAAUCAAACUGCCUUGUUAUACAUUUCAGCUAUUAUCAAAGAGGGACUGUAGGCAAUAGCUUGGAGGGUGUGUGUGUCGAAUACUCGCUUUAGAGAACUGAAUCUGGUUCCCAAUACAAGGGAAAACAGUGCCAAGACACUGUGCGAUAAGAGAGACACCUGUCAGCUGCUAGGUAUAACUAAACCUAGUCCAUGAACAGGCUACUGACCUUUGGAUGGGGAAUGGUCUUUUCUGUGACUCUGGGGUGGGCCAAAUAUUGCUGUUGAGAUUCAGGAAAUCCACCCUAUUUCACUUUGGAUUGGAUUGUUGGGGUCUGGAAAUGUUGCGUAUUGGAGAUUGGCAUUCAAGAUUUUUUUUUAUGUGGUAAACCUUCUUUACAGAAGGUGGUUGUAGUUUCUUUGAAAUAUCAGUUGGGCACUGAAUGUUUGGAUAUUUCAUGGUCUGUGCAAUAACUGUGUAACUGAAGCCAGCAGAAUAUAACACAGGUGAAAGUACCAUGCAGGUUAGCCUCCUCUAGAAACCUGAUUUUAUACAUUCUUAUUACAAUCAUUCAUAUUAUCACCCAGUUUUGAAUAAAAUGAUUACUGUAAGACCAAAA